CUUGGAAACAAUUGCGUCAUUUUCGUGCGUCGCCACUGCCGGUGAAAGCGGAAGUGUUUUGUAAGCAGUACAUGGGGAGUUGAAGGCUACUUUUGUCAGUGGCUACUGGAUAGACUUUAGCUGGAAUCCCAUUGUAGGUUGUUACGCAGGAGGUGGGUCUUUUUUAUUUAAGAUAUGUUACAGAUAAGUUCUGAUUGUAGAUAAAGGUUGAAAGGAGGCAGUGCAUUGAUACGAUGCAGUGAAUAUAAAAGAUACAACAUAUGUCACUAUCAAUCUCAUCCCCAAUCUCAGCUAUGGGUGGGAUUGAGCUUCUAAAUGAAACAUGACACGGUUAUGUUAAAGCAGUCCUUGCGUAAUCCUAGUAGCCAUAACGGCUAAAAGUUGUCUCUUUUGAUUUGUUUAUACCAUACACUGCUGAUGUACUACUUCUCCAUCCUAUGGCAACAAAAUUAGUUUGAGUCCUGAAAAUGUCUCAGUCAUCACUUAAAAUGAAUUUAUUUACUAAACAUUGCAUUGUAGUAUUGCAUAUAAAACCAAAUUCAGGCUAAACUAGCCAAGCAGGGUUAUUCACUAAACUGAAAUUGAGCAAAAUAAACUUGAGUGGCAAAAUUGGGGCUAAAAUAGCCAAGAUAUUCCUAGUUUUGUGAAUAACUCUUAAACUGUUACUUUACCUGAGUGGAAGAGUUCUCUCAAAUAAUCUAUAUUUUGUAAUUUGGUUUUACGUUCAAUACAGUUGUCUAACUUGUCAUGGAAAUACUUGCAUCUAAACCUGAUCCAAAACUACGUGCCAUGUACAGAAACAAAUCCUGCCUAAGCCCUACAGUAAAAGUAAAGAUUGUACAGCAAAUGCUGAUGCCAAUCAUUGAUUCUGGGGUGUAGUAUAUGCACCUGCACUGCAAACCCACCUUAAUAAACUUAAUACAUUGUAUAACUCACUUACACCAUUGUGACAUGCUAAAAGAACUAAACUGACUGUCGCUAUCUUUCCAGCCUUGUGUUUUUCUGGAAAACUCCCACCGUAUCGCUGCAGAAAUCCAGGGACUCUCCAGACCCCUAAAGCACUUCAGCUUUAAGGAUCUGGAGAGUCGCUUUUUUCUUUGUGUUCAUUUUACAAAACAAAAUUGCAGAUUGCAAUAGAAAAUUAAUUUGAUAAAGGUUUUGUACGUUAAACCCACUGGCUGUCAAUCAGACAACUGGUUCUGUUACUUCCUGGUUGUUUAGCUCAAUGGAACUAAACUCAAGAGGAACACAAUUACCCAAAGCACCUGCCUUGCCAAGACUCCUCAUUGAACUGAAUUGGGAGGUCUCUGAUUGUACAGUCACAUAAAGUAUGGAUUGGGAAAGAAGGGGAGGUCUGCAAUGGCUGCAGGAAAGAGAUCUGUAGCUCUUGUGAUUUCUUUUUAGAUAUACUACUAGUUUAAAAAAAAAUUAAAUGCUUGCAAUUUUGUUAUUGUGGACGUAUGUACUAAAUGGUGAUUUUCAAUUUAUUUUUGCAUUUGGGUGGCGGUGCCCCUUUAAGGCAUAGAUUACACUAUUCCUUAGCCAUACCAAUUUAUAUCAGCAAAGGAUGAGUGUCAUAGGUUGAAAGAAAUCAGCCAAGACUCUCAGCGAAUCAGCACUGCCCAUUGCUAUUCGGGCUAAUGUAUCCUCCUUAGCCCAAUCAGCACAGGAGAUGCGCUGCAGGUAACUCUCUUAUUUAGCAUUAAAACAUUAUAAACUGUUUAACGCUGAAUGGAAGGACACUGCCAGGGGACUCCUGACAUUGACUAUAACUACUUCAAUAAGAUAAAGCAGUUAACAGCGUCUUCAGUGUCCCUUUAGGCCACAACUUUCAACCACCGAUAUAAAAUCUACUAUUAUUGCUGGCAUUUAUAUAGCGCAAACAUAUUCCCUAGUGCUUUACAGUUAAACAAUGGGGUUAUUUAACAGUAAUUUACAUAUACGGAUAACUGACAAACAGGAACACACAAGCAUUGAAGAAAGCCCUGCCCAAACAUGCUUACAAUCUAGGAAUCACUUGCCUACAUUUUUAGGUGUGGAUAUAGCAUGUCUGAUUUAAAAGAAAAAAACAUUUAAAACCGUGAAUGAUACCAUAUUACUAAUUCCAUCAUUUGUUUUCCAGCUUGGACAAACCAUGUCAUGGAUACGUGAUAAAGAGUUGUCAUUGAUUGAGCGUGUAUGUGCAAAUGUGCUGAAGGUUAGGCUUCUUUCAUUUCAACAUAUUGUUUUGAAAUUAGACAUAAAUAUGACCUAUUUACUAAUAUUACUUUAGUAUUGAAUUUUGUUCUUGUAUCCUUUAAGAUUGUAUUUUGUUGUAGCUUCCAAUUUGUUUCAUUUAUUUUAUUUUAGCAUUUAAAAUCAAAUCUUGCAUUUGCAAAAUAAGACAAAUGACAGCUAUCUGUCUAAAAUAAAAAUGCAUUUUUCUUAGGUGUUGCUUAAUAAAAUUGUUUUGCAGCAACCAUACCCCUUAAAAUUAUAUUUUUAAUUUAACUUGUCUUAGGAGCUGGAUAUUGCUGUAGUGGUGAUGACAUUUUUAUUUUUUUCUCCCCCUCUUUAGGCUGGCCCCAUGCCCAAACAUGUUGCUUUCAUUAUGGAUGGGAACCGCCGCUAUGCGCAGAAGUGCCAUGUGGAGCGGCAGGAGGGCCACUCCCAGGGCUUUGAAAAGCUUGCAGAGGUUAUAACACAUACCAGGAUGGGUUUCUAGAUUUUGUGAGGUAGAUGGCAUAUUAAGUUAUCGUUCUAUCUUACAGACUCUGCGUUGGUGUCUGAACUUGGGUAUUUGUGAGGUGACCGUUUAUGCCUUCAGCAUUGAAAAUUUUAAGCGUUCAGAAGAAGAAGUAGCUGGCCUCAUGGAAUUGGCUCGGCAGAAAUUUAUCCGACUACUGGAGGAGACGUAAGGAGCCUGUGGGUGGGACAAGAUUCAAGUACUGUUGUAGCAACUUAGCAAGGAGUGUUUUUGUUUUUUUUCCCCUCUUAUUCUUGUGAAGGGUGUGAUUUCAGAAAUAGUAAGUAUGUGGCAAUUUAAAAAAAAAAAAAAAUGAUAGUGUUGGUUGUGCAGUCACAUGAUAUGUGUAUAUAGUAUUUCAGAUAUCACUCUUGCAUGACACAUUUGCAAGGAUAUCUUCUGAUUUGCUACAUUAAGUAGUAUGCCUGUAUAGAAUUUUAAAGGACACAAGCUGAAGGGUGUCCUAUUUUGUUCGAUUACUGAUAAACACAACUAAAUGUGUAUUGUUGAUAACUAUGUACUGUGGAUGUUAGGAACAUUUCAUGGCAGGUGUUCUAUCAACCUUUCUAUACACAGGGACAAGCUGCAAAAACAUGGUGUGUGUAUUCGAGUUCUAGGAGACCUGACACUGCUUCCACUGGACAUCCAAAAGUUGAUUGCACAAGCAGUGCUUGAAACUAGAAUCUACUCUAAGUAAGUGCAUUUCAGGAUCACAGACCACAUAGUUAUUGAUGAUGUAUAAAAACUUGAUGAAGGGGUGUGCACUCAAUGUUCAAAUCAUAUAUAAUGUCCUAUGUAUCUACUGAUUAUUCAGUCCAUGCAUUUUAGUUUGUGUUUUCUUGUUCUCAUCACUUCUCUUCACCACUUCACCACUGACUAGGAUUAGAAUUUUUUAUUUUUUUAAUGCCUUUAUUCAUACUCUUAACUCCCUUCUCUAUCCCAAAACAACCAAGCCAUUAACCCAGGGCUUGAAAAAUUUGUUUGGAAUCUAGGAACCAGCUAAAAAAGUUAAUUAAAAGCCAGUCAUUUUCAAUGAGAAACUGCAAUUCUUAAAGGGACACUAUAGUCACCAGAGCCACUACUGCUUGAUGUAGUUGUUCUGGUGUCUAUAGCUUGUCCAUGCAGGCGUUUCUGCAAAAAGGCAGAGUUUACAUUGCUGCUUAGUAACACCUCUAGUGACAGUCACUCAGACGGCCACUAGAGAGUCCUGGGUCACUGCUGCACCAAGUUCAGUGUCUCCAAGCUCUGCUUGGAGGCGCUGAAUGUUCCUCAUAGAGAUUCAUUAAUUUGAUGCAUUUCUAUGAGGAGAUGCGGAUUGGUACAUUUGCUGCGCAUGCACAAAAAUCUCCCAUAGCUUUCCUAAGGGAAAGCAUUGGCUUAGCUGAGAUCAUAAAGAUUUAUAAUCUCAGCCAUUGCGAAACUGCCACAGCGUGAGUAAAAACACCUUCCUCAUGCAGAUACCUAAACGCACACACGCAUACUCUUGACAGGCUCACACACACAUACACAUUCAGACACUCUAACUAAAUUUCUAGUCGCUGUGGCGGCCUGGUGUCUGGGAUUUGUCGAGCCAUGCAUUAAGUAACCUCACAGCUAGUGAUUUUGCAUGUUGCUUUAUUGAUCAGAUCAACCAAAUUAGGAAUGCAGUCUCCUCUCUUUCCUCCUUUCCACCAAUACUCUGCUUUCAUUUUGUUCCUUCUUCCACUCUUAAAGGUUUUCUAUAGUGCCAGGAAAACAAAGCCGUUUUCCUGGCACUAUAGAAUCCUACAGUGCCCCUCUCCCUCAUGCCCACCCUCCUGCAGCAUUGAAGAGGUUAAAACCCCUUCAGUGACUUACCUGAAUCAAGCGCCGAUGUCCCCAUCUCUGACUGGAUGUCCUCCCGCUUUCUGAAAAGUGGUAUCCACAUAAAUCCAUCCUUGCAAGCACGCUGUCUUGGCGUCAUACUUGACUCUGGCCUCACCUUUGAGCCUCACAUCCAGUAUGUUGCCAAAUACUGUAGAUACCAUCUUAGCCCGCAUCCGCCCAAUUCUUACGCAAGAUUUAGCCCCUCUUAUAUUUCUUCACAGAUCCAUAGGUAUGCCACUUCUCGGUCUCUCCGCUCUGCUUGUGACCUUCUCCUGUCCACUGCUCGUACCUGUACGGCCAUCUCAUGCUUGCAGGACUUCUCGUGGGCAGCUCCUAUGGAAUAGCCUGCCUCCCGCCAUCAGACUCUCCCCUAUUCUUCAAUCGUUUAAGAAGUGCCUUAAAACCCAUCUCUUUAGGAAAGCUUAUGGCCUCCCAGAGUAACCUGUACUGUCUCUUGCUCUAUUCUCUCUACUCUAUUCUCUCCUCCAGCUCUGCUUCACUCCCACCUUAUUUGAUUGCUAUUUCCUGUCCUAAUGUAUUUUAUACCCCACCUCCUAUAGACUGUAAGCUCGUUUGAGCAGGGUCCUCUUCAACCUAUCGUUCCUGUAAGUUUUCUUGUAAUUGUCCUAUUUAUAGUUAAAUCCCCCCUCUCAUAAUAUUGUAAAGCACUAUGGAAUCUGGUGAUGCUAUAUUAAUGGCUAUGAUAAUUAUAAUAAUAUUUCUAAAGCUGAAUUCUUCUUCUUCCCCCCCAAAUGGCCCUCCUCCAUUUAUUUCCCUGCACACCACGGGAGACACCUAUUACUCCAACCAUUUAAGCUUGCUGCCUUGGAGUUACCUUGACUUAGGUCUUACCUUUUUUAUCACAUUCAGUCUGUCUCCAAAUCCUAUAUCUUUUACCAAUAUUUACCAAAUUUGCCCUUUUCUAACUCAAAAUACAAGGCACUUGUUUAUGCACUUAUCAUUUCCUGACUUGACUAUUGCAACUCAACGGUCAUGGAACUUCCUACAUUGACUCUCUCUUUAGUUUGCAAUGAAAAAUGUUGCCAGGCUUAUAUUCCUGAUGGACCACCUCUCCCAGAACUCACCCCCUUGCUAAUCAUUAUAUUAGCUUUCUGUACCCAACUCAUAUCUGCAGAAAAUUUCAAGGGCUGCUACAUUUCUUUGGAUUUCCCUGCCCCACUGCCUUAAGACACUCCCCUAUUCUGCAGUCCUUUAAGAAUUCUUAGGAAAGCUAUCCAUCUUCCUGGGUGAUGCUUCUCUCAUUACAAUUGUCUUACUUUGUUUCUUCACCACUAUAGUCCACUUUGCUCACUCUCCUUCUACUGCUUGUUCCACACACCAUUGUUUCUCGUUUAUUUUGACACAGAUAUAUUUUUUACAUUAGCCCCUCUUCCUCGCUGACGUUCUGUUAAUUCUCUGUGUAUCAAGUCUAUUUCUUCACUAGAUUUGGGCAUUCGCUUUCGGACAAACAUGUUUUUGUCCAAAUUUCCGAAAGUAGAAUGAACAAAUAGAAAUUACAAUUAAUGAAACUAAGAUCGUAGUGCUAUUCAAUAUUCGUUCAUUUUAAUUGGCUCCCUCCUGGUAGUAUUUAUAAAUAGUAACACAGCUCCCCGAUGCUUCCUAAAUCCUCCAUGCACCACCUUCAACCUAUGGGGCCAAUCAGACCCCCCAUAUUAAUAUAAGGGAGGUUAUAAUCCUCCUUCUUGCCCUGCUGCAAGUAGAGGCAUCUCUAUUAAACAGUGACGGGUAAGUCUCAGGAUUUACCUGUCAGAGCACUCUGGUUGGCUUAAGCCAAUCAAUCAGCACUUUGAGUCAAAUGCUUUAUUUAAGACUUUCCUCGCUCUGCAAGCUCAUUCUGCGCAGAGCCCUUGUCGGGGGAAGGUAGAUUAUUUUUUCGUCUUUUAUUUUUUUUUUUUUUUGUGGCUUGUGGACUUCUAGUCAACAGAGGGUGGGGGGGCUAAAAUAAAAUAAUAAAAAAAGGAAGCAAUAGAGAAAAUAUUUUAUUAGAUCAUUUGGAGAGUUAUCUACUAAAUGACUGCAAGAUGAAAUUCCAAAAUAAAAAUGUCAGAAUUUCAUCUGGAAAAAAAAAGGUCAAAUGAAAGUAAUUCGGUUCGGACAAAACAAAUGUUUUUUUCAUCUGAGAAAUUCAAAUUUCAGCAGCUCCCAAGUAUAGUCUUAACACUUAACUAAUAGGUUGUAAGACUUCUUUCAGCAGGGGCUUCUUCACCGGUUGUCUCUUUAUUUUUAUAUGUUAAUAACGUGUCAAAUAUUUGCAUUCUCUAAUUGUACAACACUGUAGAUUAUGUUGGUAUUUUAUAAAUAAUCUACGAAUUAUAGUCUGCUUUUGUUUUAAGCUUUAUGGGUUAUUAGUAAGCCAAUGUAUAUUAAAGGAUAAUGUUAUAAUGUGGCAAUGAACCGUUCUGCUUAGAGAAUUUGAUGAGAUUGUAAUAAAAAAAGAAAGAAAGAAACUUAUUCUAGUGCAAUAUACUACAAGCAUAAACAGCAGGCAGACCUCUCCUGGACCAGGAAGAUUGCCACCAAUUAGGAGUGUUUCAUUCAGUUUUUUGGGAUUGUUUAAAACCCUUUAUUUACUUACCUUUUCCCAGCGUCCAUGUCCCUCGGCGCUGGGUCGUGGCUCCUCCCCCUUCCAACGUCCCGCGAUGAGCCGGCGCUAAUGCGCAUGCCCGGCAAAUGCUGCACAUGCAUUAAACCUCCCGAUUAGGAAAGCAUUACAUCAGUGCUUUCCUAUGGGAAAAAGUCUGACGCUGGUUGUCCUCAUGCAUGAGGACGUCCAUCGUCCAAUACCUAACCAAAGGUUCAUUUCGAUCCAGGAAGCGCCCACAGUGGCUGUGGUAGACAGCCACUGCAGGCAGACUAAGAGCUGCAAUGUAAACAUCACAAUUUCUCUGGAACUGCAAUAUUUAAUAUUGCAGCACUAAGUGCAAAAGGGACAUUGCACCUAGACCACAUCAAUGAGCUGAAGUUGUCUAGGUGCCUAUAGUGUCUAUAGAAUUUAAAAAUUUAGGUCAAAUAACUGAAGUAGAAAUAAUUUCCAAGUCAAAUCAGUUUUCACUUUGGUGAUUUUGACUUAAAGGACCCCUGUAGUGCCAAGAAAACAAACUCGUUUUCCUGGCUCUAUAAGGUCUUUGGGUCCCUCUCCCGCCGGACUGAAGGGGGAGGAAGGGGUUAAAUUGUUACCUUUCUCCAGCGCCGGGGACUCUCCUCCCUCUUACGACGUCAUCCGCUGAACGCGCAUGCGCACCAAGAGCCGCGCGCACAUUCAGUCAGUCCAUAGAAAAGCUUCUUCCACUCUCUUGUGAUAAGGCUUGAGCAUAUUCACACGGUGCAUACGUCUCACCCCUUCACCAGAGCAAGGACCAACCACAUAGGUGGUGUCACAUUUCUGUUCCACCACCUGGUAUGGACCCUGCCAGGGGGUUUGCAGCUUGUCAGUACGGACCUGCUUUAGCAUUUGCUUUAAUGUCCCAUUGAAAUAUUCGCAGAGGGCAUUGGUCUGGGGGUGAUAAGGGGAGCUCUGGAUGGGCUUGAUGCCGCAGAGUCUCCAGAGUGGGUGACCUCUGCCAUGAACUGGGUGCCCUGAUCCAAAACUAUCUGCCAGGAACAUCUCAUUUAGGAGAAGAUUCACAUCAGGGCCUUCGCUACCUUCUCUGCGUGGAUAAUGGUCAGCGCCACCACCUCUAGGUACCUAGUCACAUACUCCCACGGUUAAGAUUCUUGCCGGAUUAACUAGGCUUAGCUGGGGGUCCUAUCAAGAAGAAUGGUUCCUCAAUAAUACUUUGCUUCGGUCACCCCUCUUUCCUACCCUCUGACAGGUAUCACAUAUUUGGUAAUACAGCCUAAUGUCUUUAGAAAUACCUGGACAGAAAAAGUUAAUUCAGGAGAACUAAUUAGACCAGAUCUUCCAUGAUCUUGGUCUGGUACGCUUGUCACCAUCCAACAGCUACUCUGUGCAUUCAGCAUGAAUAGUCCCUUUUGCUCUUUUUUAGUUCUCGAAACCACCGCUGGUAUGCCUCUAAAGUGAUGGCAAAAGGUCCUCCUUUACCCAAGCAUAGUUUUUGAUAUCUACGUCUGGAACCGCCCGGUAAACUUCUGCUGCUCGGCCAGAGAGUUUGCCGGCCAGGAGCAGGACACAGAACGCAGGGUUGAUGUUAUGCAGGUUACACUGCCUUUCAAAGUUUUGGAGGAAGCCAUCAACAUCUUCCUCAGAUUCAACAAAUGAUUUAGAGGCUUCAUAGGGAAUUUUUGGUUUUCCCUUGGAGUUGGCUGACACUGAUCCCUCCAGAGAUUGCCAGUCUGAUCUAAACUUUUUACUGAAAUUCGAUUCGUCAGCCAAGGAAUGGGACGAGGCACUGCUGGACCAACCCUCCUCCAUGAGUUCAGCAACAAGGCUAGCUUUUGGACUUAUUGCUUGCCCCUUGCUUCCAGGAUCUCCUGGAGGGUGGUUAGCUUUAGCACUUAAUAUUUCGUCUCCAUUCACCGUCCAAUCAGAGACUCUGCUUCUCGGUAAGCUUAUUUUCUUCCGCUGUGGCUGAGCUCCUAUAUCCUGACUGGAUAUCUCCGCUAAUUUCCCCUCGUAGCUGGAAGAAGCGCUGGUUAGUGAAUAUAGCUCUUUCUCCCAGUUAACAGAUGACACUUGAUUCUGGGAGUACAACUGUUUUUUAUUAUCACAAGCACAGUCUUUGAUACACAGAACCACAGCAUGGCUUCAGUGAAUAUGGCUUUGGCUGGUCAAAUAUCGGGAGCUUCUGCGGAUUGAAUAGGGGGUGCUCCCCCUGGCUCUCAGGGAGAUACCUCAAUUCUUGAUUUUGCUGUUUUUCUAAAUACAUUAUUUAUGUAAACUUGGGUCAUCAUCAUCCUGGGAAGCUUAAAUUGUUUUCUUUAAAACCGUUAUACAUUGACGUACGUGAUGAAGAGAGGGAGUAGCGCCUUAGAUUAGUCUAUAGAGCUAAGAGUAGCUCUACUUUAUACUCCUGGCGGUACAUUCUCUGCCUGGGGAUGCCUUUUCUGGUCUUAGCUUCAAUGGCAAAUACUUUAGGAAGUAUGAAGGAUAAACAAAAAGAGAAUCCCAAUCUAGUGUAAAAUGUUAGAUUAUAGGGGAAAAAAUCAAAUAAGUGAACAUACACUCACAAAUUUUGGAGCAUUCAGCUAGCUCCCAGAAAGCAGCAUCCAGUAGUGUAAUCCCCACUGAAAGAUCUUGUUUGUUGAUGGGAAAUCUUGAGGUCUAUCUAUGCAGAUAACAAAAAAUAAAAACCAAUAAACAAAUAUUAGAGAGGUAUUCACUGUCAUGGAGCAAAAUAUUGGUUUUGCUCAGUCUAUAUGGCUUAGGUGUUAUGUUCCCCACCAAAGUAAAAGGGGUUAAGCCGCAGGAAUAGGAAACCGGGAUAUUGUAAAAUAAACUACUUUAUUCUUUAAAUAGAUGUAAAAGCAAUAUCAUAGAUUAAUAACACACACUUUUCACCUUCAGUAAUGCUUUCUCAAACUGUUCACUUUAAGAAAGUAAUUUUGUAUCAGUGUUAUAAAUGUUUUGUUAUGUUUACUUCUAUUGUACUGCUCAGGUGUAUAAAGUUGAGCUACUCUUAGCUCUAUAGACUAAUCUCCUAAGGUGUUACACCCUCCCUUCAUCACACCCACCUUUUCUGAAUUGGAUCAACGAGACUGUGGUUUGGGUUGUCUGAGCUGCUUCCACCACUCAGCUAUUUGUGCUAGAAACCUACUUUCAUGGUGUAAUAUCCUAACACGCAGAGUUCAGGACAACAGGGGACAAGAAAGGAAAAUAACGUAAAACCAGGCCUUAAAAUACAAGCAGAGAUCAGGUACACCAUAAUCAGUCAAGUAGGCAAACACAGGAAAGGGUUAAAGCACACUCACAACAAAGGUCAAUACCAGAACAAUAAUACAAGGAACGCACUAAAGGGUACUGGAAUAGAAACCACAAUAAGGCAAAGUGUACAGGGCUAGGGAGGUUUAUAUACCCUAUCAAUCACUUGUGAUUGGUCCACAUCAUGCCAGCGCCCCCAAAACAUGCAUUCAUGGGGUUGCUGGAAUGACGCGGACCAAAGGGACCCUGAAACUACCUGAGGCGCACAUUGCCCCUUUGAAAACGUGCUUGCAAUUACCAAGCUCGCCACCAUGUAGUUUUUAAGGGACACACUUAUAAACACCUUUUUGUCUUAUAUUCAUUGAAGGUGAAGGUCAGAAGGUAUUCCAUCAUGUGUGUUUUUAGAGCUGCUGGUUUCAGAGUCUGAAUUGAAGCGCCUUUAUCACACCUACUCCUUCUGGGAGCAAUUGUUGAAUGCUCUGAAGUACAGGCAGUGCGCUGUGCGACUGGUCGUAACGGUCGGCGCUUGCGGCCUGCUCAGAUAAAGCAGUGUACCCCGCUACACCUACCAUCUUUCACAGUUAUUCAUUGAUGGAUACACUUAUUUGUUCUUUAAUAUGCUGCUGUUUUUAAUAGAUGUUUCCUGAAUGUUUGCUUUGCCUACACAUCUCGUAAUGAGAUUGCUAAUGCAGUGAGAGAGGCUGCUUGGGGAGUGCAAGAAGGACUACUGGAACCUAGGUAUGUACUUUAUAUUCUUUAAAGAAUUUUAUUUUUCACCCAAGUCACUUCUUCUUUAUAUAUUUUCUGCCCUGUGAUUUACACAUCUUAUCUCCUCUCUCCUGGUUCCCACUCUCUCCAGUGAUGUGUCUGAGUCUCUUAUAGACCAGUGUCUCUAUACCUCAAAAUCUACAGACCCCGACCUUCUCAUCCGAACCUCAGGAGAGGUCCGUCUCAGCGACUUCCUUCUAUGGCAGGCAAGUCUUUAUUGUUUGCAUGUCAAUGCACCUCACUUUUUAGUAAGCAGUUAUUUAAGAUGUGUAACUUUUUUUCUGCCUCUUACUAUAGACUUCCCACACUUGUCUAGUCUUCCAGUCUGUCCUGUGGCCAGAAUAUACAUUUUGGAACUUGUGUGAAGCUGUUCUGAGAUAUCAGUACAAUCACAGUGCCAUCCAGGUGGGUGGAUUGUUGUUUAAACUAAUCUCUACGUAUUCACUAUCAUCACAACUGUUUUGUUAUCCAUUCUUUACAUUAAACUUCUCAUGUUAUUUAAGUUUUUGUUUUGUAUCACACACUAUACAUUACCAUAAAAUGAAAUGUAAUCAAGCCUCACAUGUUUAUCACUGUUCGUGACAAAGUAACAGUAUUGGUACCUUGACAAUUUCAGCUAGUUAUGGUUUAUCCUAUGUCAAGUAAUGAGGACUGACCAAAAGAAAAAGGUGAACAGCUGUGAAGUUAAAAGGAAACUAAGGGAGGGGUAAAAAUUACACCCAUUAUUGAAAGAUUUAUAUAGAUAAUUUGUUUGUGUGUGUGUAUUUUAUUAUCAUUGCCAUUUAUGUACCGCCAACAGAGUCCAUAGCGCUUUAAAAUAUAUUAAGUAGAGGGAUUUAACUAUAAAUAGGACAAUUACAAGAAAACUUACAGGAACGAUAGGUUGACGAGGACCCUGCUCAAACGAGCUUACAGUCUAUAGGUGGUGGGGUGUAAAACACAAUAGGACAGGAAAUAGCAAUCAAAUAAGAUGGGAGAGAGCAGAGUGCUUCCCUCUAGGAGAGAGCAAGAGACAGGUAUGUGAGGUAGAGGUUACUCUGGGAGGCCAUAAGCUUUCCUAAAGAGAUGGGUUUUAAGGCACUUCUUAAACUAAUGAAGACUAGGGGAGAGUCUGAUGGCGGUAGUCAGGCUAUUCCAUAGGAAGGGAGCCGCCCGUGAGAAGUCCUGUGAGCAGUGGACAGGAGAAGAUCACGGGCAGAGAGACCGAGAAUCAGUCUGGAGGCAGCAUUCAUUACAGACUGUAGCAGGGCAAUACGGUUUUUGAGUAGACCAAUUAGGAGAGGGUUACAAUAAUCCAUGCGGAAGUUACUAGAGUAUGGACAAGCUCCUUAGUAGCAUCUUGCAUAAGAAAGGGUCGGAUAUGGGCUAUGUUUUUAAGAUGGAAUCUACAGGACUUGGUAACAUGCUGGAUGUGAGGCUCAAAGGUGAGGCCAGAAUCAAAUAUGACACCAAGACAGCGCUUGCAAUGAUGGACUGAAACCAGUAACUUGAAGGGAGAGUGAAAGAGGAGGAUCAAUAUUAGGAGGCGGAAAGACAAUGAGCUCAGUUUUAGAGAGAGCUAGUUUAAGAAAGCGGGAGGAUAUCCAGUCAGAGAUGAAGGAAAGUCGAGCAGUGACACGUUGCAGGACGGCAAGGGAGAGGUCCGGGGAGCUGGCUGUUAUCAGCGUACAGGUGGUAGUGGAAUCCAAAUGAGGUAAUAAGUUUGCCAAGAGAGGCAGUAUAGAGAGAGAAUAGAAGAGAACCUUGGGGGACUCCAACCGAGACAGGACGAAGGGAGUAGGUGUCAUUAGAAAAGGAGACACUGAAUGAGCAUUAGGAGAGAUAAGAGGAAAGACACUAGAGAACAGAGUCACAGAAGACCGAGUGAUUGAAGAGUUUGAAGAAGGAGAGCAUGAUCAACGGUGGCAAAGGCAGCAGAGAGGUCAAGAAGAAUUGGUAUGGAGUAGUGGCCUUUGGAUUUUGCUGCCUUUAGGUCGUUAGUAAAUUUGAUAAGAUCAGUCUCCUUAGAGUGGACGGGGCGGAAGAUUGAAGAGGGUCAAGGAGAGUUGGAAUUGAGGAAGUGAGUCAUACGGAUAAAGACAAGUCUUUCUCGAAGCUUUGAGGAAAAAGGGAGCAGGGAUAUGGGACGAUAGAGGGGGAGGAUGGCUUAAGAGAUGGGGGUUUUUUCAGGAUAGGUACUACAGUGGCAUUUUUUGUAAGGUCCUCAGGGACAAUGCCAGAACAGAGGGAGCAGUUGAACAUGUGUGUUAAAGAAGGCACAAGACAAGGGUAGAGAAAUCUGAUAAGGUGAGAUGGGACAGGAUCAAGCGGGCAAGUGGUGGGGUGAGAGGAAAGGAGGAGCGCAGCCACCUCUUGUUCAGUAGCCGGGGAAAAAAAUCUGAAGGGUAGGAAAGGCAUGAUCUACGUGUGGUCGAGAAAGAGAAAGCCAGGGUGGGGAGAAUUCUUUCCUUAGCUGUUCAAUCUUGUCGGUAAAGUAACAUGCAAAUCUAUCGGCUGUAAGGUUAGUUUGAGCGGUAGCCACAGCAGGGCGAAGAAGAGAGUUGAAGGUGUCAAAGAGAAGCCAAGGAUUGUGGGAGCAUGAACUAAUGAGAGGGUGGGUAGUGUUAUAUGUGGAGAUGGCCAGUGAGGGACAGGAGAGGAAAGGGAUGGAUAGGAGUUGUGAAUCAAUAUCAGCUGACAGAUGCUGGAGGCCAGUAGAAUUAAGGUUCCUCCUGAGUUGAGGGGAUUUAGGCUGAGGUGGUUGGGUGAGGGGAUAUUCAAGAGCAAAUGAUAAGAGGUGGUGGUCAGGGAGGGGGAAUGGAGUGUUGGAGAUAUUAGACACUGUAAAUGCAUAAGUGAAAAUGAGGUCGAAGGUAUUGCCAGCUACAAGGGUGAGAGAAUUAGCCCACUGUGAUAGCUCAAGGGAGGAAGUAAUUGAAAGUAGUUUAGAGGCUGCUGAGGUCAGGGGUUGGUUAAUGGGAAUAUUGAAGUCCACGAUAAUUAGGGAUGGUAUGUUAGAGGAGAGGAAGUAGGGUAGCCAGGCAGCAAAGUGGUCAAGGAAGAGGAGAGGAGAACCAGAGGGGAGAUAUAUAACUGCAAUGUUAGCAGAGAAGGGUUUAAAAAGGCAAGUCGAAUGGAUUAAAAAUUAUGAGAAAUAGAGGGACGGGGGGUUGGAUAGAGGUUUGAAGGAGCAGUGAUGGCGUCUUGUAAUGGCAUGUGUGUGUAUAUGUGUAUAUAUAUAUGUGUAUAUGUAUAUAUAUGUAUAUGUGUGUGUGUAUAUAUAUAUAUAAGAAACCUCCAGUUAGUAGCAUCUUAUAUGGGGUCCCUUAAACUCCAGCACAGGAUUAUAGGAUAAGUAGGUAAUUCCAAAGAGCAGUUUCACUUGAGCUAGAAGACUUCUAGUUUUUAUACCCCUUAACUACUAUCAGUUUGCACAUUCCUUGGUUCAUUGUUUUGUGAAUUGUGCUAAGGGCAGUUCUCUGCAGAGCUAAGAUCUGCAACCGGUGUCCCUUCCAAAACUUGGGACAAAAUAAUCAAUCGACAACCUGGCAUAUUCCAGGCUGCUUGACAGGCUGUCUUAGAGCUCCAAUGAUUUAUAUAAAUCUCUUCAAUUGUAAGCCUUUCUUAAAGCUGAGAGAAGGCAUAGCAAUCUAUGCAUUGCCACUUUUGCAAUAAUGCAAGUUUGUGUCGGAGCAUAGUUGGGUAUAGUGCAAGUCUUAAUGAGAAGCAAUCACUUCUCUUGAACCAUCACUAUUUAAUACAAAUUGAAAAGUGCAUGCAACUUAUUAUAAAUUUUUUUUUUCUUUACAUGAUGCUCUUUAUUUUUUUUAAUUCAAUGAUUAUUAACUUCCAAAUUUACAAAGAAGAAAGACGGAGAAAAAUGUCAAGGUUAAAUAUCUUUUCUUGCCUAAUCAUGGGAACAUUUAACUAAUAGUUUAGCUCCUCCCUCUAGCCAAUAGGACAGAAAAAACAAACAAAUAAUUAAAGGAUCACUAUAGGGUCAGGAACACAAACAUGUAUUCCUGACCCUAUAGUGUUAAAACCACCAUCUAGCCCCCCUGGGCCCCUCAUGCCUUCAUAAAUAUAGCAAAAUCUUACUGUAUUCAAGCUGUAGAUCUGCAUGCUGUUUGCCUAAAAAAAAACAAGCAGUCUGCUGACAUCAUCAGAAGUGGUAGCCUGAUCCAAUCACAAUGCUUCCCCAUAGGAUUGGCUGAGACUGACAAAGAGGCAGAUCAGGGGCAGAGCCAGCAUGAUUCAAACACAGCCCUGGCCAAUCAGCAUCUCCUCAUAGAGAUGGAUUGAAUCAAUGAAUCUCUAUGAGGAAAGUUCAGUGUCUGCAUGCAGAGGGAGAAGACACUGAAUAUUUGGAUGCAUUUUAAGCAGCCAUGACCCAGGAAGGAUCUCUAACUGCCAUCUUUUCUCUGAAAAGACCGUGUUUACAGCAAAAGGCCUGAAGGUAAUGAUUCUACACACCAGAACAAAUUCAGUAAGCUGUAGUUUUCUGGUGACUAUAGUGUCCCUUUAAGAUUAGGUUAUAAAAGGAUCCUCUUGACCUUCACACCUCUGUCUUUUUUUUCCCCUGUGCUCUUAGCCAUAAGGCCAGACAUAAUUUUAUGUAAAAAAAUAAUAAUAAUAUUAUGCUCACCCGUCUGUUUGUUAACAAUAUUCUCCCUGAAGAGGUCAGCCUCCCUCUCCAGGAAGCCCCAGGCACAUGUUUCUCAUCCCAUCUCUUUGUUGUUGGGAGCCCCUGGAGGCCACAGAGGUUAUGUUCCUUCUGGUGUACCGCUCUGAGGAUUGAAUCUGUAUCUCUGGAAUCCUUUCUGAGUCAGGAUUCAACAUCUUUUGGUUUGCAGUAACGCCUUUUUACCUUUGAAAUUGAUCCAAUUGCAGUUUAAACAUCUGUAUGGACUCUGAUAAAACCACCUCUUCAGGCAGAUAAUUCCAUAUCCUUAUUGCUCUUACUGUAAAAAAAACUUUUCUUUUCCCUUAGAUGAAAUCUCCUUUUCUUGUGUCCUAUGUAUAGCCCUGUUUAUGACUAGAUUUCCAGAUAAUGGUUUGUACUGGCCCUGAAUAUAUUUGUAUAAUGUUAUCAUAUCCCCUCUGAGGCGACGUUUUUCCAAACUAAAGAGAUUUAAAAUGUUUUAACCUUUCUUUGUAACUAAAAUGCUCCAUUCCUUUUAUCAAUUUUGUAGCUCGUCUCUGCACUUUUUCUAGUGCCAUGAUAUCUUUCUUUAGAACUGGUGCCCAAAAUUGCACAGCAUAUUCAAGGUGUGGUCUUACCAGCAAUUUAUAAAGAGGCAAAAUUAUAUUGGUUAUUGAGUUUGGCUUCGUUUUGACUUCCCUGUAUUCUGGUUUCCAAGACUUCUGGGUUUCCCUUAUUGUUGUGUCCCAUUCUGUGUCCCUGACCUCGGCAAGUAUCCUGACUAUUCUUUAGUACAUUAAGUCCGGCCAUUCUAAGGCCCGGUACGACGUUACCUUUUAGUCCUAGGUGUGAUACAGUUCUACGUGCUGGAUCAACUUGUAAUCCUGAUACUCGUCUCUGCACUUUUUCUAGUGCCAUGAUAUCCCUCCUUAGAACAGGUGCCCAAAACUGCACAGAAUAUUCAAGGUGUGAUUUUACCAGCGAUUUAUAAAGAGGCAAGAUUAUAUUUUUAUCCCGAGAAUUUAUGCCCCUAUUUAUACAUGACAAAACCUUACUGGCCUUAACAACUGCAGAUUGACAUUGCAUAUUGCUGCCUAAUUUGUCUCUAAAAAUUCCAAAAUCCUUCUCGUGUGUGGUUAUCCCUAAUUCACUACCAUUUAGGGUGUAAGUUGCUUGUGUAUUUUUGACCCCGAAAUGCAUAACUUUGCAUUUCUCUACGUUAGAUUUCAUCUGCCAUUUUAGUGCCUCAUCCCCCAAUCUAUCCAAAUCCCUUUUCAGCAAAGCAAAAUCCUGCUCACAUUUUAUUACUUUACAAAGUUUUGUGUCAUCUGCAAACACUGAUACAUGGCUUUCAAUGCCUAUUUCAAGAUCAUUUAUAAAUAUGUUAAAUAGAAGCAGUCCCAAAACAGAACCCCGAGGGACACCACUUAUCACUUUUGUCCAGCCUGAAAAUUUACCUUUAAUGACAACUUGUUGUACUCUAUCCUUAAGCCAAUGUUCUACCCAAGAACAAGAAUAAUCAUCUAGACCAAGUUCUUUGAGUUUGAACACUAACCUAUUGUGAGGAACUGUAUCAAAUGCCUUGGCAAAAUCCAAGUAGAUCACAUCCACUGCAACACCCUGAUCUAUACUUCUACUUCUUCAUAGAAUGCAAUUAGGUUAGUUUGACAUGACCUAUGUUUCAUAAAACCAUGCUGAUUUUUGCUAAUAAAGUUCUUCCCAAUUAAUUCCUGAAUAUUAUCCCUUAAUAGCCCUUCAAAUAUUUUUCCAGUCACAGAAGUGCAGCUCACAGGUCUAUAAUUUCCAGGCAAGGAUUUUGAACCCAUUUAAAAUAUAGGAACAAAAUCUGCCUUCCUCCAAUCCUCCGGUACAAUACCUGAAAUAAAAGAAUCUUGAAAAAUUAAAUACAGAUGUUCACUUAUUUCCCCACUUAGCUCCUUGAGCAUCUGUGGGGCAUCCUCAAACGGAAGGUGAGGGAGCGCAAGGUCUCUAACAUCCACCAGCUUUGUGAUGUCGUCACAGAGGAGUGGAAGAGGACUCCAGUGGCAACCUAAUUAAUACAUUGCUAAACACAAAUACACACACCAGUCAUACCAUAAGACUUUUCCCACAGAAAUCUCACUUUAACAGUGCUCUCUCUACUGCAAGGGAUUCUGAGUAGGCGUAUGCAAAUGAGCUCAGCCAAGAACCAAAUUUUUGCCUCAUUAUUCCACUUUAUACAUGGAUUCCUUGGAGUAUGUGUCUGCUGUAUCCAACAGCUUUGAAACACAACUCAUGAAGAGGAGCAAAGCAGAGUGAACCACUCAUGGACAGCUGUUUCGUUGUUAAUGCAACACAUCAGCAUGAGGUUGGUUACUGGCUUUCAAUGGAGGCUUGGCAUUACUUUUAAAGUACAUACCAAAAGAGUUGUGGUGGAGAAAAAAGUGUGGAUGAAAACCCCUUCCACCUGAAGUAAGUGGAUAGUCAUGUGGAAGGGGUUUUCAUCCACACUUUUUUCUCCACCACAGCUCUGUUGAUGAUAUGAAAGUGUCCGUAUCACAUCUUUUACAACUUGCCUUCUAUCUGCACAUCGUGUUGGCAGGAAUGCCAGCAAAAUAUAAAAUGUAUAUAUUGGAAAAAAAAAUUAUUUAAUAAGAGGUCUUUGUCUCACCUGUCAAUGAACUCUGAGGCAUAGACUCCCGUGCUGAAGACCUGAGUUACAGGAAGAGCAGGAGUCACUGGUGAAGAUGCACCCUUCAGCAACAAAACACACAUCUUAACCUCACCUCUUUGUGUGUCUCUUACAAGCCCACCAUGUAUGUGUCACGCCGCCCGCCGGCGCUGCUCCUGUCAGAGGGCAGCAUGAGUCCUGGCAGGCGUGUAUUGCUACGGCGGUAUUCCCACAAACUAAGGGGAAUACUGCCAAACACUCACCAGAGGUGACUUCUCCUCUCUCAGCAGCCGGGUCUGUAUCAAUAAGGACGCCGCACGAUGCAGAUGUGAAUAAUAAAGGGUUUCCUGUUUAACCCUUAAAGGGCCAGAUCAAUUAAUUAAAUAUGGGUGUGUUACACACAUAAGCUUGAUCACAUGUGUCCCUACAGCCCAUCAGGAAACGCCUUUAGCUAUUUAAACCUAGUUUGUCCAUUUCUCAGUGCCCUGUCGUGGGUUCCAGUUGGUUAUCUGAGAGCGCGUUCCUUAUAUUGAUUUCUUGUGUAUAUGACCUUGGCUUCCCUUAUUGACUAUCCGAUCUCUGUAUUCCUUGACUUUUGGCUUGGCUCCUGACUAUUUUGAUAUCUUUAUCGUUAAAUCCGGCCAUUCUAUGGCCCGGUAAUAUGUCUUAGGUAUUUACUUUAUAUCUACUUAGGUUCUGCGUGUUGGGCAUCUACAGUAAUCCUGACAGUGUGUCUCUUACAAUACCCCGCAUGUGUGUCUCUUACAAAAUCCCCUUGUGUAAAUAUGUACAUCACUAGACAUGUGCAUGUGUCUUUGAAAGAACUGCAAAAUGCAGAAAAUGUAGAUCUUCGGUCAUUUGAUUAGAAAGAGGGUGUGGGCCAUUGCCUGUCAGUAAGCCAAGAUCAUAUUCUUUGUAUUACUCCCUACUUAUUUGUUGACAUUGUGAUGCGGAUACCCUGCAAAUCUGCCAAGACAGUGUCUGUCCUGAGUCACUCUGGCACGAUUGCAGUCUCACAUGCAUAGCAGCAGGCUACACAAGAUGGCAGCCAUAACAGCCAGCUGACACCCUCCUCUUUACACACUCCAGAGGACUUGGUGCCUUUAUUACAUACCCAAGCUGACACUAGUCAGGUAUUGAGCAAGCUCACCAAGCUGAAAACCGUUCUUGCAAGGGAGUUGGAGUGAAACACAAGAGAAGCCUGAGAUUAAGGGCCUUGGCACAUGCUCUACAGAGAUUGAGCAGGUGGUGGUAGCUCACAACCGGGUUGAUUGACCACUGUAAUUCUCUCAACCAUCAUUUUGGUGAGGGAUCUGACUGAACAUCCUGAGGAGGGUCCUCUAAUGGACACUGUAAUGGCUAUUUUCUGGAUUUUGUUACUGGACAUGCCUGGAACCCUUAGCUAUCUUCUCAUUCGUUGUUGCCAUUUCCAAAGAAAAGACACAAUAUUUCGAUGGAGCAGGAAAAGUCUGGUUACUUAUCAAGGCAAAGAACUGCAUAUUUGGCUUUUGAGGUGAGAGGCCAAAACUCUGCUGUUCAACGGCUAUUCAUGAGAAGCUUGGGUGUCGAGGUUCCUGAGAACAUUACCUCUUCCACAUUAUGAAGUUCCACCACAGCCUUUGUUCCCAAGAGUGUGGUAUGAAUCUGGUGAACGGGUCACUUGAUAGUAUUACCUCAUUUACUGAUGUAUAAUUUUUUAUUUAUUUUUUUGCAUGGGGCUAGCGAUGGCCGAUAUUUCCCUCCUAAUGGUUGACUGCAUGGCGGCAGAUGGAGCAGUUCUGCUCACAUACUCAACUGCAUGACCAGUUAAGUUUGGUUUUAAUGCUUAGCUUUUUGUUCAAUUUUGAGACGCUCUUGUGCCUUUGGGGGUAUCUGCCCACAACAACCCCUAGAGGGGACAAUGGGGCUGAGUAGCUAAUCCCUUCCACUUGUUUUGUGGUAGCUUCUAUCAGUAUUUGUGCCCCCCACACUUGGGAGAAAGCAUUAUGUGGCCCUGUUAAUCCUAGCUCUGAAUGUGUUAUUCUGUGAUUGCUGAAGGUUGAUUGUAACCCUAUCCGUCCUCUACUUAUGGAUUUGUUUAAUCUAUUUGAAAAGGGGAUCCAUCUCCCGAGUGUCUGGUGAUUUGGCAAGUCCAACCUCCUUCAACAUCUGUUGUAUUUAAUGCAUUGUUAAUUUGUUCCUCUAUUUUCCUGUGUAUUCUUUUUUUAUACUUCUUUGUUUCCUUUUUCUUCUCUUAUGCUCUUUCUUUCUCUUCUGCUGCUGGGUAAGGAGCACUGGAGGCGACUUUUUGUGCUGUCGUAAGAUACACCACUAUAUUUGAUCAUCUUCUCUAUACCUACUUUAGAGAUAUGGCCCUAAAACUGUUAUCACUGAAUGGCAAGGGUUUGAAUUCUCUAAACAAAAAAGCGAGAGAACUUAUGCAGACGACAUACCUCCUCAGAUCUUCUUCCAUCUGCCUUAAGAAUCAUACAUACAGCAUGGCUUUUGCCUCUACUGCUCUAGCCCAACAGAAUUGUGUAGCUCAAGCAUUUCAAGCAUGCGGCCCACAGUGGACAUCUUUGAGGCCCGGCACGCCGCGAGUACAUGCUUAGUGUUCCAAGCACAGUAGGCACCUGCUUUCCCCACAUUGCAAGUGCCUACUCUGCUAACAUUUACCCGGCCGGAGGAGAGUGCUCCUCACUGCUCCCUCGCGCGCGCCGUCUGUAGUGAUGACGGGCGCAGGAAUAUGUCAUCAUAUUCCGGCAUCACUAAACUUUUUUGUUCCCCCUGUGGAGUAAUGAUACCCGUGAUUUCGUUAUUUGUUUGUAUGUUUUUUAACCUAGGGCUAAGAUAGAAAUCAAGGGAGAUAGGGGGCAGCUUUGAAGUGUGCCAUUGGAGAGGGAGAAACUUCUAGAUGUGAAACCUGUGUUCGUUACUUUUGCAGAGGGUACCUAAUAAAGUGUAAGAACAGUGUGGAGAAAUUUGUAAGGGAAGCCAAAUUUAUGCGGAACUGACGUUCUAUAGCCCCAGUGAUGGCGAUCAAAGGCCUUCUCCGCGUCGAGCGCGAGCAGAAGCCCGAUGUCCCCCUCAAUCGCAUGAGUUCCAAAUGUUCGAGGAACCGUCUAGUAUUGACUCCUGCUUGCCAACCAGGUACAAACCCAGCCUGCUUCACCGAGACCAAUGAUGUCAGAAGGGGUUUUAGUCUGUCUGCUAGAAUUUUGGCAAAUAUCUUGCAUAUGUCUGCAUACUAUAAGGAGAUAGGGCGGUAAUUUUCGCAUUUGGACAGGGGUUUUCCUGGUUUGGCAAUUGUUAUAAUGUUGGCUUGAAGCAUCUCCUGGGGAUACCUGACUGCAUUAUAUCUUUAAAAAGUUUUCUUAAAGGAGCACUAUAGGGUCAGGAACACUAACAUGUAUUCCUGACCCUAUAGUGUUAAAAACACCAUCUAGCCCCCCUGUCUCCCUCAUGCCUCCCUAAAUAUAGUAAAAUCUUACUUGCAUUCAAGCCUGAAGCUGCAGGCUUUGUCCCUGUUUACUUUUGACCUGCCCACUGCCUGCUAACAUCAGCAGAAGUGGUAGCCUGAUCCAAUCACAAUUCCCCAUAGGAUUGGCUGAGACUGACAAAGAGACAGAUCAGGGGCAGAGGCCGUACAAUUCAAACACAGCCCGGGCCAAUCAGCAUCACCUCAUAGAGAUGAAUUGAAUCAAUGCAUCUCUAUGAGGAAAAUUCAGUGUCUGCAUGCAGAGGGUGGAGACACUGGAUGUUUGGAUGCAUUUUAGGCAGCCAUGACCCAGGAAGGAUCUCUAACAGCUAUCUGAGGUGUGGCCAGUAAAGUUAUCACUAGGCUGUAAUGUAAAGACUGCAUUUUCUCUGAAAAGACAGUGUUUACAGCAAAAAGCAUGAAGGUAAUGAUUCUACUCACCAGAACAAAUUCAAUAAGCUGUAGUUGUUCUGGUGACUAUAGUGUUCCUUUAAAUGGGGUACUAGAAUUUCGGCAUACAAUAUAUAGUAUGAUUUAAGGAAUCUGUCUGGACCAGCCGCCUAAUGCUUCUGUAAUAGUUGGACUGCCUGAGACACCUCCUCAGUAAACCGGCUGUCCAGGGCUACCGCUUCAUCCUGGGGCAAGCAUGGCAGUUUUAUAGAGGAUAGAAAUUUGGCUACGAUUUCUUGGGUCGGUUGUACUGUUGAGGUGUCUGAUUGCAAGUUAUAGUGUUUCAUAGAAGGUUGCAAAUGCAUCUAGAAAAUGAGUUUUAGAAUUUAGAAUUUUGGAGCCAUCUGCUCUUAUGAAGGAGAUUUUGGAUUGAUUCUACCUCUUUUUCAGUUGGGCAGCUAGGAGUUGCCCAGCUCUGUUGCCUUGUGAGUAAUAUGUGUGUUUCAGUUUGAGUAAUUGCCUAUUAUUUGGUGUUGAUGUUUCUCUAAUUGCGAGCGGGUGUCCCUGAGUUGGUCUGCUACUGAUUUCGUUGGGCAUUGUUUGUGUCAGGCCUCUAGCUCUGUCAGCUUUUGGUGUUCUUGGGUAUUGUGACGAGAGCAAUCUCGCCACAUUGCAAUGGAAAAGCCUGGUUGCUCGCCUGCUGCCUUUGGACUAUGGCCCCAUGUUAAAAGACAUCUUUUUCCCUGCAGAAAAGACUUAUUCGCACGAAUGACUAGACCACCUGGGAGCUGGAGUGUGCUGCACUUAGCCUCCCUGAAGCUGCGGUUAACUGCAGCUUAAUUGACGAAUGCUGGGUGGCCGCCAUUUGUAUCACGAACACCAUUUUAAACCCGCGAACGCACAGCGGUGUUUUACGCUCAAUUCAUGGAACUAAAAUCGGACACAGUUUUGCGCGAACACAGCUGAAGCCGCCGACCUCCCUUCUUGUUCGGUGAAAGUGCACAAACGGCCCGGUGUUCGGUAGUUUUACUUGAAUUACUUGAAUAUGUUAUACCCCAGACAAGAAUCCCAUGGAGCCCAUUUGCAUGAGAACUGACUGUGUAAAGACUUUGGCUCCAUGGCGAUUAAACUGUAUUCGUGUGGUCUGAGCGCCAUUCGCUUAAUAAUGUGCGCUCAGACCUGAGCUAUCUGGGGACACUCGGACCACACGAAUACAGUUUAAUCGCCAUGGGGCCAAAGUCUUUACACAGUCAGUUCUCAUGUGAAUUGGCUCCAUGGGAUUCCUAUCUGGGGUAUAACAUAUUCAAGUAAAACUACCGAACACCGGGCCCCUCGUGCACUUUCACCAAACAAGAAGGGAGGUCGGCAGCUUGAGCGGUGUUCGCGCAAAACUGUGUCCGAUUUUAGUUCCAUGAAUUGAGCGUCGAACACCGCUGUGCAUUCGUGGGUUUAAAAUGGCCGCGACCUCGUGUUCGUGAUACGAAUGGCGGCCACCCAGCAUUCGUCAAUUAAGCUGCGGUUAACCGCAGCUUCAGGGAGGCUAAUUGCCGGCACACUCCAGCUCCCAGUUGGUCUAGUCAUUCGUGCGGUUGUUCGGUAGAUUGAAUCUACCGAACACCAGGCAGAAAAGCACGAAUAAGUAUUUUCUGCAGGGAAAAAGAUGUAUUUUAACAUGGGGCCAUAGUCCAAAGGCAGCAGGCGAGCAACCAGGCUUCUCCAAUGCAAUGUGGCGAGAUUGCUCUUGUCACAUCUCUCCCCUUUUCCAAACAGACUAACAGGGUUAGUCCAGCAGCCCACCCACAAAACACAAUCAACAGCACAGCCCACUACACCUGGGUAGAGGAUAAGUCCAGGUGCCUCACCACGGCUGUGCUGUGUAUGGGAACGGUGACUUGGUGGGUUGCUGAGUGGGCAGACACCAGCGGUACUCUGCCCUGGUGCCAGCGCUACUGGGAAGGUAGCCUGGUUGAAGCCUGGUUGUUGGAGGGGAGACCGACUGUCUCCCCUUUAGAUACACAGCCCUGCUGCUGGAGACCGACUGUCUCCCCUUUAGAUACACAGCCCUGCUGAGCCUUCUCACUGGAGUGAAACAGAUCUUGGUAGCCCUGCUCCAGCUCCAUCUCUCGGGUCACCAGGUGGACCAGGUCUUGCUCAAUUUCAUGAGUGUCGUCCCAGUCAUACCUGCUCUCCCUCCACUCCAAGACAUCACUGAACCGGGCUCGUGUAGGGCUCCCAAACUCAGGCUCUGCAAACGAUUCCCAUAACAAGCCAGGACCAUCAAACUCCUCUCCCUCUGGCUUGUCAUGCUUGGCUGUCCAGGGCUGGUACUGCGCCCCAUACCACCAGAGCGCCUGGUAGGCAUCUUCCUGCCACACCCGGAGCUCCAAUUCCUUCACCCAUUCAUCCAGGGGCUGCUCUCCCAGAAAGGGCAUCCGCAGGGCUACUCGCUUCUGCAGUCGCUGGUCUUCCUUGGGGAGUCUCUCGCCCCGCUGGUACUCCACAAUGCCCAGUGCCUGGUACCAGAUGCCUUUCCGAACUGCAUGACACCCUCAUCAUACUCCACUGCUGGUUCCAUUCUGGUGCUGUCAGGGUCGCUGUACUCAGACAUGCGUUGCCCUCAAAUUGUAAAUUCCACGGAAUGGUGUCGCCUGUAGCUGUCCUUUUUACUGUAGGAACGAUCCCGCCGCUUGCCACCAAUUCUAAUGGACCGUUUUGCACACAAGGGAUAAAAACCGUUUAGGCGAUCGUCCCCCUUUCACACACAGUUGUGGGGCUUACUGUCUCCCCUUUGUACAUUUAGCUGCCGCUGGGGAGAGGGGGUAACAAGCUCCUCUCCCAUACAUACUUCCAGCCGCGGGAAAGGGAGACCGACUGUCUCUGCUCCCAAUACAGAGUCCUGCUGCUGGGGAAAGGAGACUGGGCUCUCUAUUCCCGGUAGGACACUCUGCCGCUGGGGAAUGGAGACUGGGCUCCCAAUUCUAACGGACUGUUUUGCACACAAGGGGUAAAAACAGUUUAGGCGAUCGUCCCCCUUUCCAGAGAUGCAGGCACAGCUACUGUAGAACACCAAACUCACGAAACGCCAAUAAGGGAAUGCUCCAAACUCCCGAACGGCAUACAAUAUAGCACUCCAAACACACUAACUGGAACAAUACGAAUCACUGCUAGCAGACGAAUAGGAAACGCAUCCAAGCGGUUUAUACUUCUAGCAAUCAGUCUCUAUCAGCGUCCAGUAAAUCCCCCCAAAGACGAGACAAGGCUCCGUGUUGGGGGUCAAGCAGUGGUCUGUUUAAUGAGGGCUACCUGCCCAGUAUUUAUGCAGGUUUCCCACCUGGUGGACACUCCCCUAGGGGACCAAAUGGGAGACUGUGACAAAAGACAGACAAGUAGACAAAUAGGACACACAGUCACAUUAUAUUCCCACAAUGCAUCCUGGCUUCCUCCCUUCUGCCUUGGAGAUAAUUGAGAAGUAAUUCAAUUAUCUCCCAAGACAAAGGCAAAUCGCCAUUAUGGCACUCGGACCACAAUUUACUGGACGCUGAUAGAGACUGAUUGCUAGAAGUAUAAGCCGCUUGGAUGCUUUUCCUAUUCGUCUGCUAGCAGUGAUUCGUAUGGUUCCAGUUCGUGUGUUUGGAGUGCUAUGUUGUAUGCCGUUCGGGAGUUUGGAGCAUUCCCUUAUUGGCGGUUCGUGAGUUUGGUGUUCUACAGUAGCUGUGCCUGCAUCUCUGGAAAGGGGGACGAUCGCCUAAACGGUUUUUACCCCUUGUGUGCAAAACGGUCCGUUACAGGUAUAUUGUUUUUUUAAAUCUUGCCCCCGAUUGGAUCAUAAGUCUGCACAUUACAGCCUUAUGUGCCAACCCUAUGUUUGCUACUGAUGUGGAGGUAGUGUGGUUGUGUGUGAAGUACAUAACCAGGAAUUUCUCAAUGGUGUCUCUAAUAUCCCACUUAAGGAGGAGUGUCUCAUUCAUCCACCAUUCCCCACAUCCCCGGACAGGGUAUUGGGUGGCAAACGUCGUUCUGACUGGGGCGUGGUCAGACCAUGUAAUAGGGUCUGUAUGUACCUCUCUUAGGGAUGUUUGUUUUGUCAAUCAAGCAGAAAUCAAUCCUGGUGUAAGUGGCGUGCACACUGUCAGGAUUACAGAAUGAUCCAGCACGUAGAAUUGUGUAACACAGAGGACUGAUAGGUAACGUAUACCGGACCUUAGAAUGGCCGGACUAACAUACCAAAGAAUAGUCAGAAAUAGCCGAGGUCAAGGGAAACAGAAAGAGACACAAUGAUAAGGAAAACCCAGGAGUCAGGGAUGCCAGAAAACAGGGAAGUCAAAAACAAUGCCAAAGUCAAAUAACCAGAAUAACCAGAAUCAAUAAUGCACUCUCGGACAACCACAAGGGAAACCACGACAGGGCACUGAGCAGGAUGAGAACUGGGCCUAAAUACCCCUCCUCUAGAUCUGAUAGGCUGUAACCGGCCUUUGACCCCAAAGGCAGUUACCAGCUACCCAUUUGCAUAAUUGCUGCUCAGCAUAAACCCUUCUGUGGAUUUGGUUGCUGCUCGGCACAACUUUUCAUGUGUGGACAGUAAAUGCCAUUAACCACAUUUUUAUAAGUGGAUGAAUACGUGACACACUCUAGAGAAAUAGGUAUAAUCCCUAGUUGCGGGUUAUAGGGUCCUCCAUGUGUCAUAUAGGUCGUAUUUUCGGAGUAGUGUGCACAUAUGGCCGCUAUCUCUGGCUUUCCGUCUACCGGAGGAGUGCAGAUUAUGACAUCUAAAGAGGGUUCUAGCACACAAUUCAGGUCACCACAUAUAAAUAUUUGGCCCGUCAUGAUCUUGAUAAAUGUGAGUAAGUGCCUUAUGAAAAAAAAUCACCUGGUCAGUAUUGGGUGUGUAUGAGUUCGCUAUGGUGAUAGAGACAUUGCUAAGUAGUCCCACUAGGACUAAUAUUCAACCUUCUGAGUCACAGUAUUCUUUGGUACAUUGGAAAUACCAGUCCGCACGAAAGAGGAUGCUCACUCCUCUAGUUUUCUCUGGGGCAUGAGCAUGGAAUGCUUGGGGAUAUAGUUUAGAUGCAAAGGCAGGGUUUUUAGCAGAAAUGGGUUUCCUGGAAGCAUGCUAUAGCGGGCCUGGACUUCUGAAGUUGGUGGAAAGCCUGACUUCGUUUGUAAGGCGUGUCCAAGUCGUUAGCGUUUAGUGUAAGUAUAGUAAAUGGUUAGCCAUCGUGUUAUGUGAGUGGCAGUACUAGUAUGUGUGGCACAGAAAUAUAAACCCAAACUUGCUGUAUAGUACCAACCAGUAAGCACUAGAACACCUAUAAUGGAACCACUGGAUGUGUCAUCCAUAUAGGAAUAUAUUGGAAAUAGAGACCAACGAGGCAUCACCUGGCAGAAAACAAAAAACAUAACAAAGGUGUAUACAACAAUGCUGUUGAAGUGGCAGCAUACUUUGGUUAAACAUGUACAACUAGGCCUGAUCGAACGGUCCUCGCUGUUUUAACCAAUGUGAUUCGGGGGCGUGUUUGGUUGGUAUUGAAACCAGUUUUACACAGUCCGACUAGGACCAUAUCGUUAAUCCGUUACCUCAAAUGUGUCUCGGUGCCCCAGCCUACAUCCACCACCUACUGACAAUAUAUGCCAGUUGUGCCAGAGCUGCUAUGAGCAACCAAACAGAACGUAAAUCGACUUUUUUUUUAUUUCUUUUUUUCAUCAAAUUAGGUGUGUGUGUCUGUGUCUCUUUGAGCCACAGCAGUUCCUAGUCCUGUUCAUCCUGGCUUGUCUGCAGUACUGGGGGCUGGACUUCAUCUAUUGCUGUGCUUUACCUGACUCUGAUCAGUCAUCAGCAGGGUAUAUAUAAACACAGCCUCACCCUAGGAACUUUAUCAAGUCUUUGAUCCUGUUGUGUGUGUGUGUUAAGUUCCUGUGUUCCAGUUUUUUGAACUUUUACUCCAUAUUGACACCGGCUUCUGUCUUCAUUUAUCCUGAUCACUGGCAUACCUUGACUUCGGCUACACUUCAUUAAUCCUGACCUCUGGCAUCCCUUGACUUUGGCUAACCCUUGACUAUACUUCUGUGUGUGUCUUUGUCGGUACUGCAAUGGAAUCAUCUUUCCUGCACAGCCCUCAUGCACAGAUUCACAGUCCAGGUAGCUUCUUAUCUGGUCACCUCGGACUGUGUCUAUCUGCAAGGGUGAGCAAACAUAUCUGCGCUACAGACUCCCAUCUCAGGUAAGAACCCUGACACCAAGGCCUGUAGGAGAGGAGUUGUUAUUUGGUAGAUGGGGGUGCCUAGAAGAACUUGGGAUGCUAAUAAACACUUAGGGGACAGCAUUUAGUGGGGAUGCAAUCAGGUGUGCAAAUGCACCAACUUAAGAUGAAAGGAUACUCUGAACGUGCUGCUCAUAUGUCGAGCAAAUAACAAUAUUCGUGUGUAUCUAGAACAUAGUCCUUCUUCCGGUCAAAUGGUCCUUGUCCAUUCGGGACGAAUGUGGCUAGGGGCAGGUGCAUUCAUUGGUGGCGUCUCCCCUCUGAGUAGUCCCCAACUCUGUAGCUGCUUGCUACCCUCCAUCACAGUUCAUUUCACCACACAGCCAACUUAGGUGGGAACACCCAGCGGUAGGCAAUCUUGUGGUUGUGUAGAACUUUGGUGACGUUUAUGGAUUUGCGCCUCUUGGCCAUCGUAGUUGCCGACCGAUCCGGAAAUAGCAAUAUUUGUUUUUAAUCCAAUGGCAGGUCUUGGGCCUUCGAUGUUCUUGUAGAAGAAUUUUAUAUGAAAAUAGUGCAUUUUCGAAACUACGUCGCGGGGCAUGUCCGCUGCUAGAUUCCUUGGUUUGGGUACUCUAUGAGCCCUGUCCAUCAGGAGGUCUGUGUCUGCCACGGAGGGCAAUAGUGCUUUAUAGAGAUCUUGCCCGAUGAUCUCUGGGACUCCACGUAUGCGGAGGCUACACUUCAUUAAUCCUGACCUCUGGCAUCCUUUGACUUCGGCUAUCCCUUGACUAUCCUACUAUAUAAAUUAAAAUUACUGUACAUUGAAUGAUGGUAGCCAGCCUAUUCGCAAGAUUUUUUAUUUUUUUUUAUAUAUAUAUAUUGAUAUUGAUCUAUUAACUGUAUGUAACCUGAAUAUAAUAAAUCACAUUUGGCUAAUUUAAGACCUAUGAGUACGUCCUGGAUCACUUCAGCUAUAUUUUGGGCGCAUUUGGGGUUGCACCAAGGCAAGUUUUUGCAUAAUUUACUUAAUAGAGAGUGCCAAGCCAUCACAAUUUUUUUUUAUAUAUAUAUAUAUAUAUAAAUAUAUAUACACACACACACACACUCUCACUAUAGUAAUGUUUAUUGAAUUUAGUGGAGUUGGGGUCUGAGGAGAGAGAGGACAUAAAUUGUCUGGUGACAAUCCGGUUUUAGAUAGGCAGUUGGUGUCAUCAGUGACGUACUAAGGGGGACGCCUUAUACCCCCACCUCCUGCCAUUAUAAUCCCCCCUGCCUUAUACCCCCACCUCCCUGCCAAUAUAACACCCCCUGCCCUUAUACCCCAACCUCCCUGCCAUUAUAACCCCACUGCCAUUAUACAACCCCCCGCCAUUAUAUCCCCACCCUCCCUGCCAUUAUAAUCUCCCCUGCCCUAUACCCCCACCUCCCUGCCAUUAUAACCCCCCCUGCCAUUAUAAUCUCCCUGCCCUAUACCCCCACCUCCCUGCCAUUAUAAUAUACCCCACCUCCCUGCCAUUAUAAUCUCCCUGCCCUAUACCCCCACCUCCCCUGCCAUUAUAACCCCCUGCCCUAUACCCCACCUCCCUGCCAUUAUAAUCCCCCUGCCCUAUACCCCCACCUCCUGCCAUUAUAAUCCCCCUGCCCUAUACCCCCACCUCCCUGCCAUUAUAACACCCCCUGCCCUAUACCCACCAUUAUACUUUCACCCCUCUUCCCCACCCCACCUCACUGCCAUUAUAACCCCCCUGCCAUUAUACUCCCACCCCUCCUGCCCUAUACCCCCACCUCACUGCCAUUAUAACCCCAGAGCAGCCGCCAAAUGGUGAGACAGAACCUGCUGAUCCUGCACCCUCCUAAAUGGUAAGGUACUACUAUACCCCCUUGCCCUAUACCCCCCUGCCAUUAUAACCCCACCCCCUGCCCUAUAUCCUCCACCCUCCCUGCGCUAUACCCCCACCCUCCCUGCCUUAUUCCCCCAUGCAAUAUCACACUAAGUCCCAGACCCCAAUCUACUCCGACCCACCCAGACACAGACAACUGUUCCCCUACUGUCACAUAGACACAUUACACACAGGCUCACAUUCACAAAUUACAUAUGCAGUCACACACAAUUCACAUAGAUACGCUGUCACAAACACAUUUUUUUACACAAGGGACAAGGACAGAUAUAUUCUGGGAGGCAGUGAGGUUAGUGCGCGCCCUGCAGUGAACCGGCAGCUGGGAUAAGAUGUCAUCCUGGCAUCGGCAUCACUACUGGGAGCACAAGUGAGCUGUGCAGGAAGAGCACCCAGCCCAGCAGCAACCACUAAUCACCAUGGGGAAGAUCCAAGAGCAAGGUAGGGAAGCUGGGCGGACCUCUUAAUUACUAAAUGUGUGUAAGAAUGUGAUUUUUGUGUGUGUCUGUGAUUGUGUGUGUUGAUUGUGUGUCUGUGAUUAAGUGUAUGUCUGUGAUUGUGUGUGUAUUUAUAUACACAAACAACCACAGAUGUACAAGUCUGUGUGUAUAUAUCUGUGGUUGUGUGUGUAUAUAAAUGUGUAUGUGUUUAGUAGAUAGCUCCCUUAUUUGGUGUCCUUAAAUAUGUCAACCCCACAUAAGGAUAACAAAUAAGUGAGUUAUCUACUAAACAACUGAAAGAUUAAAAUUAAGUAAAAGGCUUUUACAUUUUGAUCUUUUAGCGGUUUAGUAGAUAAUUCCCUAAAUUAAUGCUCUUAUGUGAGAUUUCUAUAUUUAAAUAUGCCAAAUUAGGUUGUUCUUUAGAUCUAAAUAUGGCAAUCUCACUUAGGGAUAUCAAAUAGAGGAGUUAUCUGCUAAACAAAGAUCGAAGUUUAGAGGUGUCAGCCAGUGCAGAACAGGAAAUCUGGGUGCCUAGUAUGAAUUCUAUGCAAAUGUGUUGUCUGAUUGUGUGUGUAUAUAUUUGUGUAUAUGUGCAUACAGCAUUUUGCCAACACUACACACAAGCACACUACUGCAUUCAAACAACACUACAAACACACACCUUUCUAUUAAAAAAUCACCAUUAGAAAUAACCACACCACUGCAUCUCGCCAGCACUACACACAAAUGCAUGCCUGCAUUCAAACGCAAACACUACACACCCCUACAUUCACUCACUCACACAUUUUCCAUACAAAAACACAUGCUUACAUUUAGAUGCAUAAACACACAAAAUUGGGGGUGUUUUUUUACAUUUUAAGGUGGUGGUUGUGGGGCGGUGCCAUAAGGAGGAUCCGCCCCGGGUGCCAAAUGCUCUAGGUACGCCCCUGGGUGUCAGAGUAGUCCUAGAUGAUUCUUCAAGCAAAAAAAAUGCCCUUAUGCCAAUUCUUAUCAGACACCAACUUGUUGCUCCUUCUACAUAUUUAUUUGUAAUGUUUUUCUCUUGAUACUUUCUACCAAUACUUCUUUCUGAUAUGUAUUUUUUUUUCUACCUGCAGAAGGCCAAAGAAACUCAGUUGGAGGAGUCGUCAAAACUUCAAAUGGAACGUGACCUAACUUGGGUACAAGAAAAGCUUUGGCAUAUGGAGCAAGACCUAGGAAAUAAUGACAAACCAUUUUGCCAGAAGUUAUUGCAGCAGUGCCGAGCAAGUAGGGAAGAAAGGACAAAGAAAUUCUUACAGGCGUUAGAGAGGAAACAGUGGAAUCAUCUUCAGGAUCUUUGCUCAACGUAAACAGAAGCGAAUUUGGAACAUGUUUAUCAUCUUUGGACAUGUGGAAUAAAUGUAUUGGCAAAGUGAAACAUUUUUCUGAACUAUUGCAGUUAUAAUUGGAUAUCCAUGUCCAUUGUUAACUAUGGUUUAUGUGUUGCACAUGCGCAUACUGUAUGCACAAUCCUUAUAUUAAAUGGAAUACUCUAGGUUAAUUUUAUUACCCUUUUUUUAAUGCCUUACAUAAAUCAUGCAAUUAAAUAUACAUUUAUUUUUUUUCUCUUCGAUAGGCCCCUGAUCCACCUCAGGCCCCAUUCGUUGACUUCACAGUGAUGCCCACUGGAAGUUGCUUGUGAUGACAAAGUGAAUGUGUGAAGAGUUAUCUUAGAUUACUUCAAAACAAACAGUAAGCUUGCAAGGUUACAGCUGUAUGCUCACCCUCUUUGAUAAAAGGACAGUGAUAUCACAGAAGCAGGGAGUAACAAAUUAAAAAGUGCAGGAUAAAACAAAAAAAUAAUCAUCUUAGAUAUAUUUAUUAGAAAGCAAAUAAUUAUUAAACUGUAUUCCAAGAUUGUAUUCAUUCAUUUUACAGGUUACUAAAUAUAGUGGUGUUUUACAAAAGGGUUUUCUAACCAUAACCAAAAAAACUACACAAAUUUGUGUUUUAAUAAUAUCCCUUUCUUAGCAUAAUUGUGAUAAUCAUUGGAUCUGUAAAUACCCAUUCAUGGAAAUAAUUAAAAUCCUGAGCUGCUGGUGAUUGCUGAGUGUUACAAUCUUCUAAUUGUGCAAUAUAUGUUAACCAUGUCUGCCCAGAGCCAAAUGAAUUAUUUUUUCCCCAUCAUACAUUUAAUGUGUCCCUGAUUUCCUACUAGAUCUUCUUUUAAUUUUAUUGAGUAAAUCGAUGAUUUUAUGUCUAUAUGUAUUUAAAUUAAAUACAUUUCUCUGCUAUGUGCCACAAAGUCUACUUUUUUCUCUUCUGUGGAUUAAACAGGAAAAUUACAUGUGAUUGCAUAACUUUAAAAUAGUGAUAAUUACAGUUUCCAUGUAACAAAAUCUUGGUUUGUUUCUCAUUUUUCUUUUGUGCUUUCUUUUUUUCCCUUAAGGUAGCACUGUCACUUGUGGAUCUCUGCAUUUGUUUUUAAAAGACUCCCAUGUGCAAAUACUACAUGCAUGAUGUUUUCUGGGAGAUAAACAGGCAGAUAUGUUUAGCUGACUCCCUCCCUUCUCACUACUGACACAUUCCCCCCUUCAGCUUGUGGCAGAGAAUUAUCAGGAGCUGCCUCAUCUUUGUAUGCUCAUGUAUCCGUGAGAGUAUUGAACGGGGCACAAUGAAAGAUCCUGCAAUACUUUAUGUUCCUUACCUGUCUUAUGCCAUGAGAUUCCAUUGGGCAUGCAUUCAUUUAAUGCAUACUGUAUACACAUAAGUUGCCUUUUCCCAUCAACUGUUGUAAGUAUAUGCAUACAUGGUUGAUUUUGUGCACAAUUUAGGUAAAUAACUAAUCAGUUUGCAAGAGAUUUUUUGGGG